AUGGCCCCGGGCAAUGCCACGGCAGCCGCAGAGUUCCUCCUCCUGGGCCUGCUGGAUGGAGCGGACGUCCACCCGCUGCUCUUCCUGCUUUUCCUCGGGGUCUACUUGCUCAACGCGCUGGGCAACCUGACCAUGGUGGCGGUGGUGAGGUGGGAUGAGGCCCUCCGCUGCCCCAUGUACUACUUCUUGGGCCACCUGAGCCUCGUGGACGUGUGCUUCACUAGCGUCACGCUCCCCAGGCUGCUGGCCGGCCUGCUCCACCCGCGCCAGGCCGUGUCCUUCCAGGGAUGCUUUGCCCAGAUGUACUUCUUCGUGGCCCUGGGCAUCACGGAGAGCUACCUGCUGGCAGCCAUGUCCUACGACCGCGCGGUGGCCGUCUGCCGGCCCCUGCACUACCGGGCGGCCCUGACGCCGGGGCGCUGCGCCGCGCUGGUGGCCGCGUCCUGGGCGGUGGCCCACCUGCACUCGCUGCUGCACACGCUGCUCAUCUCCGCGCUCUCCUACCCGCGCCCCGCCGCCGUGCGCCACUUCUUCUGCGACAUGACGGUGAUGCUGAGCUUGGCGACCUCGGACACGGCGGCCGCGGAGACUGCCAUCUUCUCCGAGGGCCUGGCCGUGGUGCUCACCCCGCUGCUCCUCGUGUCGCUGUCCUACGCGCGCAUCCUCGGCGCGGUGCUGGGCCUGCGGUCGGCCGGGGGCCGGCGCCGCGCCUUCUCCACCUGCGGGGCCCACCUGGUGGUGGUGUCGCUCUUCUUCGGCUCUGUCCUUUCCGUCUAUUUCCGGCCCUCGUCUGCCUACUCAGCGCGCUACGACCGCCUGGCCAGCGUGGUCUAUGCGGUGCUCACACCCACCUUGAACCCUUUCAUCUACAGCCUUCGCAACAAGGAGGUCAAGGGCGCCCUGAAAAGGGGACUCGGGUGGAGGGCUGCGACCCAAGAGUUGUGA